AUGAAAGAGCUUUUCGGCAUUCAGGUCACACAAAGUCCUGAAAAAUAUUUAGGGCUACCAAUGCUUGCUGGCAAAGGAAAGGAAAUAGCCUUUAGGGAGAUUGUGGAUAAAAGGCGGAAGAGGGUACAAAACUGGAGUCAAAGGUGGAUUCUGAUGGGGGAAAGAAGAUAUUUAUCAAAGCAGAACUACAAUCUGGAAAGGGAUACAUUGGCUGGCUUGAAGGAAGCCGUGCAAAAGCAAGGACAAGAGAUGGAUUGCUUUAAUAGGGCGUCACUUGCUAAACAGGGUUGGAGGUACAGGUUGCUGGUCGCAUCGUGGCCCCACGUCCAAGUCGAACAUACAACCUGUGGAGAAAGGGAGCGCGUAUGGAGGAUGGGCAUGUGGAAGAAAUUGUGGCAGGCAAAACUACCAAACAAGUUGAGGAUCUUUGCAUGGCGUAUUUGCCAUAAGAUCCUGCCCGUCUAUGCCACACUUCAGAAACGUAAAAUCCUUGAAAUCGGAACCUGUCCAAGAUGUGGACAAUCUGAUGAGAUCGUUCUCCAUGCAAUAGUGGUAGAAUAUAAAAGAGUGGAUGGCAACAAUUGCAUUACAAGUGACAACAGGCAGGUGGGAAAAAAUAAUGAUUAUGGCUUGGCAAUUUGGAAUAACAGAAACGCAGCUGUGAUCAAUAACUCCCUAAGGACAUACCAACAGAUAGUCAGCUAUACACUCAACUUUCUAGAAGAGUUCAGGCAAGCACAAGAUAAGCAUAUGGCUAGAGUAGACAGGAAUCAGUGCUUACGAUGCACGACGGCAAAUCAGAGGACUAGGAGUGAUUGCCAAAAAUGGUUUCGGGGAAGAAAUGGGGCUGUAAGCAAGCCGAUUAUUGGGUGUAAAGAUGCCACUAUGGUUAAAUCAUGGGCGGCGGCUGCAGCUGUUAACUUAGCAGCGGAGGUGGGCUUUCACAAUAUUGAACUGGAGGGUGAUGCUUUCAAUGUGAUAACCCAAGUCAUGCAAAGGGAGAAGAAUUUGGCCCCAAUUGGUAUUAUCAUCGAUGAGAUUCAACUAAGGCUGAGUUCUUUUACAAGCUGGGCCUGUCAAUAUUUUAAUCGAGAUGCGAACAAAGUCUCCCACGAAUUAGCUAGAAUGGCACUGGAUCAUGUUGAGGAUCAUUACUGGGUAGAGGAAACUCCUUUGAAUGUUUGUGUACUUGUUGAAUCUGAUAAGCUUCAAGUUUAA